GCAUAAUCUCAUAUAUUCGAUCGAUAUGGCAGAAUCGGCAGUCUCAUCGGCGGUGGAGCUGCUGGGCAACCUGCUGAUCGAUGAGGUGAAAUCCCUGCGAGGAGUCAAGGGAAAGGUGCGGCUGCUCAAAGAUGAGUUGAAAUCGAUGCAAUCUUUUCUAAAAGACGCAGACAGAAAGCAAGCUAAAGACGAAAGAGUGCGCAACUGGGUAAGGGAGCUCAGAGAAAUUGCUUUUGAUGCUGAAGAUACCAUCGAAUUGUUCGCCGUCAAUAUUGAGAACACCACCAACACUGGUUUUCUCAAAAGCUUCACCGGCUUUCCAAAGCGUUUUUACCACGUCGACAGAAUCGGAGGCAAGAUCAAGUCCAUCCGAGAUAGGCUUGAGGCGAUUGACAAAAGCCGCGAGAGGUACGGGAUACAGAUUGCAGAAGAGGCGGAGAAGGAGAUGUCGCAAGUCGAAUUGCGUCGGCAGUUGUGUCCUUGGCAGAAAGACGAGCACCUGGUGGGCAUGCAAGAUGCUGUGGAGAAGGUGCUGCGAGAGGCGGUUUUGGAUGAGGAGAAGAGAGGGCUUUUGGUUGUGGAAAUACAAGGCAUGGGCGGGAUCGGGAAAUCCACACUUGCGCGGGAGAUAUACAACCACCCCGACGUCGUUGAUGGUCCAUUCGAUCGGCGUGGAUGGGUUGUGGUGUCGAGUGAAUUCACGCCGCAAGAGAAGAUCAAGCAGCUAAUCUACCAGGUGUCCUCGGAGGAGAAGAAAAGUCAACUGCUUGAAGAAAUCCAGAAAUUGGAGCAGUCGACGAAGGACAAGCUAUUUCAGCUACAAGAGCUUCGAAAAAUGCUUCAUACAGAAUUGAAGGGAAAAACAUAUGUCAUAGUUCUGGAUGAUGUGUGGGAGCAGGAUCACUGGGAAUAUUUCGAAAGUGCUUUCCCUCAAGAUAAAACAAGUAGAUUAAUUCUUACAACCCGCAACAAGAUUAUUAUUGCAAAGCUUGAUCAAUAUGUGCUUCAGAAGAGUCUUCUAGACCCCGAGAAAAGUUGGGAAUUAUUCUUGAAGAAGGCAUUCAUUAAGAACACCAAUGGCACAUGUCCAGAAGAAUUAGAGAGUAUAGGCAGACAAAUCUUAAAAAAAUGUGGUGGUUUGCCAUUAGCAAUUAGUGUGGUUGGAGGCUUACUUGUGGAUACACAAGACAAGAGUGGAUGGCAACAAGUUCUCAGUCAUAUAGACUCUUAUUCCAAUAUCCCCGAAAACAACGUACCAAAUAUUUUGAAUAUUUUGGAGUUGAGUUACCAGAAUUUGUCCCUCCAAUUGAAAUCAUGCUUCUUAUGUCUAGCCGUUUUCAAGGAAGACUCUAUUAUUCCUGUGAAAUGGCUAGCAAGCAUAUGGAAUGCACAUGGCUUGAUGCAAGAGAAAGGAGACAGAAUUAUUGAGGAUAUUGGAAGAGAUUAUUUAAAUGAGUUGAUUAAUCGAAGUAUGCUUCAAAUUCAUGAUCUAACCAUUGAUGGUCAAGUCAAAAGUUUUCGUCUGCAUGAUCUUAUUCGUGAUGUAUGCAUAAGCAAAGCAAAGGAGGAAAUGGGUGUGAAGAUUGUAAAGGGAGAGGAGGAUGAUAGAGGGUGUUCAUCUGAAUCCUUGUAUAAACCUCGUCAUCAUGUUAUCUGCAGCAAAUCUUUUGUAAGUUUCUCUUCGAAUCAGAAUAAGUAUCUUCGCUCCGUUUUCCACUUUAAUUUAAGGUAUUUUAGCAUAGAGAUUUCAUCUCGUUACUGGAAGAACUUUCAACUCCUUAAGAUACUCUAUCUUGAUGGUUUUUGGUUUAAGAAAUUUCCCAACUCUUUUUGGUGCUUGGUCGGAUUGAAGUACUUGAGAAUAAAUACACAUCGGCAUGGGAUUCAUUUGAAACUCCCAAGUUGGCUUAGUGACUUUAAAAAACUCGAGUUUCUUUACGUGGAAUUUGUGGAGUUUCCAGAUGUUGAUCUGAGAAUGGAAAGCUUGCGUGACUUCGGCACAAGUAAAAUAUUGGGCAGGGCCAUGACAGUCUCGAAGUGGAAAAGUAUAGAGAGUUUGAAGGGUAUCAGGCUAAAGGAUUUGGUGGAGAUGAGCUCGGGACUAAUGCCUAAUUCUCAACUUCGUAAGUUGAAGAUAGAUGUAGAUGAUGAUGAUGGUGAUCUGGUAACCAGGGGAAGAGCGUCCCUACAAAAGAUGACGAAUCUUGUGGUACUACACCUUCACUUAAAUGAUCUGCUCUAUGGGCCAUAUGCAUUGCUAGAAUUAGUUCCUGAUCUCGAGAAUCUCACAUCACUUAAACUUAAAGCGGAUUUUCUCCCUUUCACAUGUCCAGCUGCGACUGGGUUCCCUCCCAAUCUCUCUCAUCUAACAUUGGCCAACGUAUCAUAUCUUUCGAUGAAAGAGUUGGGUAAGCUACCAAAGCUACAGUAUCUCACCUUAAAGAAUUCUUGUGUUACUAGGAUGAAGAUAUUGCAUGACGGGUUCCCCUGCCUCAAGGCCUUCUCCGUCAAAAGAAUAUAUGGUUUGACAGAUAUUGACAUAGAAGAAGGUGGAAUGCCAUGCCUCGAACAACUUCAUAUCCUUGGUUGCCCAAGUCUGAAUACUGGGAAUCUGCCCAAACACGCUAUCAUAUCAGUAGCAUAACCUUAAGGUUUUGAUAGAGAAACAAAGUGGAGCUGGAGCGAUGAGUUCGACAAGAAGAAGACACCACGCGACUCAAGGCCAAGACUAUGGGUUCAUGUCGUCUUAUGUUUUAUUAUAUACUCCUAUUUUUAUAGUGGUGAAUUCAUAUCUAAUGCUUUCUAUUUUAGGGAUUGAGAUGGAUCUUUGUGUGUAAUCCAUUAGGCCAUCAUGUUGAUUGCUAUUUUUCUGUAA